CGAGUCGGUGGUUCGGGAAUCCUUCCUACAUUUCCUAAUUUUUCGAUUUCCCGCAAUUUCGAGAAAAUUUCUUCUCUUCGAUUUUCUGCUUCUUCCUCACCUCCUAUAUCAUUUCCUAGUUUCUAAUUUUCGACGGAUCCGUUUCCUCUCAAUUUUUUUCCGGGAACCCUAAUGCGCUAGUAGUCUUGGUUUUCCUCUGGUUCGAGCACGUAAUUCCAAGAUGAAUCGAGUUUCUCAUUUCUCUUUUUCCAUAAAAGUUGAUUUAGACGCGACUUUCGGGUUCGUUCGUUGUUUGAUCUGAGGAAACUUGGAUUUGGCGUCUCCAUGGCUCGUCCACCCCAGGCACCCAACAUGGACGUGUUCGACGCGUACUUCCGGCGGGCUGAUUUGGAUCAGGAUGGGAGGAUUAGCGGCAAUGAGGCGGUCGCAUUUUUUCAGGGGUCGAAUCUUUCAAAGCAGGUUCUUGCACAGAUAUGGAUGCAUGCUGAUCAGAACCGGACUGGUUUUCUUGGUCGUGCAGAGUUCUAUAAUGCUUUGAGACUUGUGACAGUAGCACAAAGUGGGCGAGAAUUGACCCCAGAUAUAGUUAAAGCAGCAUUAUUUGGCCCAGCUGCAGCGAAAAUUCCUGCACCUCAGAUAAGUCCUGCACCAGCAGUAACUCCUCAGAUGGGUGCUGUUGCAUCACCUGUCAUGAAUUCCAUUGCACCAACUGCACUUCAGAUGAAUGCUGUUACACAGCCUGUGCCUUACCUAAAUUCUGGGUUACAAGUUAUGCCUCAAAAUCCUGGAUUUCGUGGUCCACAACAACAAAAUAUUCUUAUGAACCAACAGUUUCCGCAAACCCUUGACAAACAAUUUACAAAGCCUCCAUCUGCACAAAUUCCUCCAUCUCCGACACAAGGAAUCAAUCAAGGAGGCCUUCCAGGUGCUGUAACAGGGCCACGUCCUCCAAUCUCAAAUGCAUCAGCUGUUUGGCUUGGUGCUAAGAUGGGCAGCACAUCCAUGGGUGCAGGCACGCAGGUUUUUAAUAGAGGAAUUGUAGCAUCCAGUGCAUCUCUGGAUUUAGUUGGGCAAGGGUCAUCUGUAGCAGCAUCCUCAAUAUCUUCAAAACCAUCUAUAGAUACAACAUUGUCUACAUUACAACCAUUAACUAAGGAUCCUAAAGUCCAUGUUUCUGGAAAUGGGCUCUCUAUGGACUCCAUGUUUGGUGGGGAUGCAUUUUCUGCUACUCCAUCUCAACCCAGGCAAGAGAUUGUUCCAUCAACUACCUUUGCUGUGACUAAUAUUUCAAGCUCAUCUGCCAUUGUCCCAGUUACUUCUUCUGGGGCUCAAUCAUCAUUAAAGCAGGGUCCUGACACAACCCAGGGUUUUUUGGGAAAGGCAACUGCUGGUGAACAUCUCCAGCGAACUUCAUCGUUGGUUAAGCCGAACCAGUUUGGUGCACCACAGGCUGCUCCAGCAGUAACUGGAUCUGGAGUUCCUGUCGGCUUUGCUGGUCCUGCUACCAGUCAGGUGCAACAUCCCUGGCCAAGCAUGACCCAGUCUGACAUUCAAAGGUACAAUGCAAUCUUCAUUGAGGUGGACACUGACCGUGAUGGAAAGAUUACAGGUGAACAAGCAAGGAAUCUGUUCCUCAGUUGGAGGCUGCCGAGAGAGGUGCUGAAGCAGGUCUGGGACUUAUCGGAUCAGGAUAAUGACAGCAUGCUAUCGCUGAAAGAAUUCUGUGUGGCAUUAUAUUUGAUGGAACGUUACAGAGAAGGUCGCCCCCUUCCAUCCGUACUCCCGAGCAGCUUAAAGUUUGAUGAAGCAUUGUUGCCUCCUGUCAGUCAACAAGCCAGCAUGUUUGGUGGCACAUCUUGGCGCCCUCAGCAUGGUUUCCAUCAGCAAAUGCCUUCAGGUACUCAUUCACCUGGUUUGCAAGCUGGAAUAAAGUCAGUACAAGAUCGUCAAAUGCCUUUAGGUGAUGUUGCUCGCGUGGGACAGCCUUUACCACAAAAGUCUAGGGGCCUGGUGUCAGAGAAACACCUUGUCAACCAGCUGAAUCUGGAGGAACAACACUUAAAUUCAAAAUUGCAGGAGGCAACAAAUUCUGAGAAGAAGGUUGAGGGGUUGGAGAAGGAGAUACUUGAUUCUAAAGAGAAGAUAGAGUAUUACCGGACCAAAAUGCAAGAGCUGGUCUUAUACAAAAGCAGAUGUGAUAAUCGGUUGAAUGAGAUCACGGAAAGGGCAUCUGCUGACAGAAAUGAGGUUGAAUCAUUAGCCAAGAAAUAUGAAGAGAAGUAUAAGCAAGUUGGUGAAAUUGCCUCUAAGUUAGCUGUGGAAGAUGCUACAUUCCGUGACAUUCAAGAGAGAAAAUUGGAAUUGUUCAAUGCAAUUGUAAAAAUGGAACAAGGUGGAAGUGCUGAUGGCUUGCUUCAGGUACGCGUAGAUAGGAUACAGUCAGAUCUUGAGGGGUUAGUUAAAGCUUUGAAUGACCGAUGCAAGCACCAUGGUUUGCAAUUGAAAGCUACUGCAUUGGUAGAGCUUCCAUAUGGCUGGCAACCUGGAAUUCAGAUUGGGGCUGUUGAAUGGGAUGAUGAUUGGGAUAAGUUUGAAGAUGAAGGAUUCACAGUUGUGCAAGAACUGACAGUUGAAGCGGAGAAAGUGCCUAGUGCAAAGCCCAAACCUCCUAGUGUUUGGAAUGAGAAAACUGUCAGCCGUGAUGCAUUCUCUGUUGAAUCAUCCUCAAACAUUGACAAUUCAGUGGACAAGCCCUCUAUUACUGGUGAACAUGUAGCUGAAGGUGGAUCUCCUCAUGCUCAAAAUGAAUACGAAUUUACAAAUGGUGGACCUGUAAGUCCUGCAAAAAGUGGACGUGGCAGUCCACCUCGAGAGCUUCCUCCUGCACAGUUUGACAAGGGCAUCAGUUUGGAUUCCUUUGCCAGUUUCAAGGAAAGCCAGAGUGAGCAUGCUGUCAGUGAGCCUAGCCAUUCUGACCAGAAGUUUGAUGAACCUUCCUGGGGUGCAACCUUCAGUGAUACAAAUGAUGAUGUUGACUCUGUCUGGGGCUUUAAUGCUGUCAGCUCUAAGGAUUCCGGGCUUGAGAAACACAUUGACCCUUUCUUUGGAGCCGAUGAUAUGGGUUUGAACCCCAUCAGAACAGGUUCUCCAAGUGCAAACAGCUUAUUUUGGAACAAAGAUAAGAGCCCGUUCUUCUUUGGCGAUUCUGUACCUGCUUCACCGAUGUUUAACUCAAAUUCACCCAACUUCAGCACAGGCUCAGAUGACCACCAGUUUGGCAGCACUUUCCUAAAAUUUGAUGCUUUUAGCAUUCAUGACAAUGCUUCCCCUAGACAUGAUGCCACUCUGACUCGGUUCGACUCUAUACGGAGCAGUAGAGAUUUUGACCACGCCCGUGGUUUCUCUUUUGACGAUACAGAUCCUUUUGGUUCAACUGGGCCAUUUAAAUCAGAUAAUAGUGUGCCACAACGGACUUCUGAUAGUUGGAGGGCAUUCUAAAAGUGUUCAUUCCAUCAGUUAUUCUCCUGCGUGUUCACCUAUUCCCAUUUUUCUCGUCUUGGGACUGGCUUUGCUGUGUGAUGUAAUCUAUAUGAAAUGAUUGGUCGGUUUUGUAUGCUUUAUUCUUGCCUUCUAAUUUUUUCUGUUUGUGAAAAUCUCUUCUUUUUGUAGUUCAACGUCGUGAAUGUUAGUUUGUAUUUUUUCCUGCUUUUGAAGUUGGCUGUGAACAUAAAAAUUUUCAUGGCUCAUUGUAUUAUUGAUGGACGGAUGUCAUUGGUAUUCACAGCAAGAGAUGAUCGCUCAAAAAAUUUUCUGAGUAUA